GGGUCCAUUACCUGCGCUGGGAGCGCUGACCAUGGCUCCUUGGCCCGAGUUGGAAAAUGCCCAGCCCAACCCCAGUAAAUACAUGGAAGGGACCACUAGUCAGCAGUCCACCACACCUGGGAAAGGCAAGGAGCCCGACAAAAAUGACACCGGGACGCCUGUGACCAAGAUCGAACUUCUGCCAUCCUAUUCCACCGUGGCACUGAUAGAGGAGCCCACCGAGGUGGCAGACCCCUGGGACCUGCCUGAGCUUCGGGACACCGGGAUCAAGUGGUCAGAGAGAGACACCAAAGGGAAGAUUCUCUAUGUCUUCCAAGGAAUUGGGAAAUUUAUUUUGCUUCUGGGGUUUCUCUACUUCUUCGUGUGCUCCUUGGAUGUCCUCAGCAGUGCCUUCCAGCUGGUUGGAGGAAAGGUGGCCGGACAGUUCUUCAGCAACAACUCCAUUAUGUCCAACCCCGUGGCGGGGCUGGUGAUUGGAGUGCUGGUGACUGUCCUGGUGCAAAGCUCCAGUACCUCCUCGUCCAUCGUCGUCAGCAUGGUGGCCUCCUCACUGCUGAGUGUACGUGCUGCCAUCCCCAUUAUCAUGGGGGCCAACAUUGGGACCUCAAUCACCAACACCAUUGUGGCGCUCAUGCAGGCGGGAGACCGGAAUGAGUUCAGAAGGGCUUUUGCAGGAGCUACUGUCCAUGACUUCUUCAACUGGCUCUCCGUAUUUGUGCUCUUGCCCCUGGAGGCAGCCACCCACUACCUGGAGAUCCUGACGGACCUGGUGGUGGAGACCUUUAACUUCAGGAAUGGGGAGGAUGCCCCAGCACUUCUGAAAGUCAUCACAGACCCCUUCACGAAGCUCAUAAUCCAGCUGGAUAAGAAAGUUAUCAAUGAAAUCGCAAUGAAUGACGAAGCCGCCAAAAACAAGAGUCUGAUCAAGAUUUGGUGCAAAACUUUUACCAACGUGACUCAAAUGAAUGUCACUGUCCCUUCGCCUGAGAACUGUACCUCGCCUUCCCUUUGUUGGUUGGACGGUUUGUACACCUGGACUAUCAAGAACGUGACCUCCAAGGAGAACGUUGCCAAGUGCCAGCACAUCUUUGUGAAUUCCAACCUCCCAGAUCUUGUUGUUGGCAUCAUCCUGCUGUUAGUCUCCCUGCUGGUCCUCUGUGGCUGCCUGAUCAUGAUCGUCAAGCUCCUAGGCUCCGUGCUCCGGGGACAGGUAGCUGUUGUCAUCAAGAAGACUCUCAACACUGAUUUUCCCUUUCCCUUUGCCUGGGUGACUGGCUACCUGGCCAUCCUUGUGGGGGCAGGCAUGACCUUCAUCGUGCAGAGCAGCUCCGUGUUCACAUCCUCUAUAACCCCACUGAUCGGUAUUGGUGUGAUCAGCAUCGAGAGGGCGUAUCCGCUCACGCUGGGCUCCAACAUCGGCACCACCACCACAGCCAUCCUGGCCGCCUUGGCCAGCCCCGGCAGUACCCUGAGGAGCUCACUGCAGAUCGCCCUGUGCCACUUCUUCUUCAACAUCUCGGGCAUCUUGCUGUGGUACCCGAUCCCGUUCACCCGCCUGCCCAUCCGCCUGGCCAAGGGACUGGGCAACAUCGCAGCCGAGUACCGCUGGUUUGCCAUCUUCUACCUGAUCUUCUUCUUCCUCCUGAUCCCGCUGGCCGUGUUCGGCCUCUCGCUGGCCGGCUGGCCGGUGCUGGUGGGCGUGGGGGUGCCGAUCCUCUUCGUGAUCCUCCUGGUGGUGGUGCUCAGUGUCCUGCAGUCGCGCUGCCCGCGCCUCCUGCCCGGGAGGCUGCAGAACUGGAACUUCCUGCCGCUGUGGAUGCACUCGCUGCGGCCCUGGGACGACGUGAUCUCGCUGCUCUCCGGCUGCUGCCAGAACCGCUGCUGCUUCUGCUGCCGGGUCUGCUGCCGCACGUGCUGCCUGCUCUGCGGCUGUCCCCCGUGCUGCCGCUGCUGCGGCUGCUGCCAGCGCGGGGACGACGAGCCCGAGCUGCCCGGCAAGGCCCCCGAGGCCUUUGAUAACGUGGCCAUGAGCCUCGAGGUCCAGGACGCGCCCCCUGCGGCUCAGGGGGAGGCCCCGGGCGCAUGGAGCGCCUCUAGCGGCACGGCCUUGUAGGGGGGCGGCAGGAUGGGCCCCCAUCCCCCCGGGCGCCACGCGCCUUCCCCUGCCUGGCAGGGAGCCGUUCCCUCCUGAGAAACGGUGUUCACGGCAGGCCCCCGCUUUCAUGGCCCUUGGCCCGGUGCGUCAGCCCGCACGGGAGCUUCAUCUCGGCGGGGGCUCCCCAGCUUCCGCUGGCGGGAAGGUGCGCAGCGAUCCUGCAAGGCCGGGAGGGACGAGGGCUAGGGAUGAUCACACUGCCCACCCCUGCCCCCGCUGGGUGGCUCCGCAGGACCCGGCGUCAGACUCCAGCCGUCCUCUUCCAAAGGAAGCCCCGAGGGAGGGAUUCAUGGAAGGUUCUCAAAGACGCACGUGUUAAGUGUGCACGUGAUGAUGUGACGGUGAGAACAACGCUCAGCCAUGCCUCUCUCUUACCACAGAUUUGCUUCAACCAAGAGCAGGAGUCCUUGCCCCAGACCAGACCCCUUCGGGGCAAAUUGUGUAGUUGUUUGGAGACUUGGUGAGGACCACAGAGGUGGGCCUUUCCCCCUUUGCCAGAGCUCCCCAAGUCCCUUGUUGGGUGUCCUCACCUGGGCAGGUGUGGCUCAUCUAAGCUUCCCUGCUGUGUCCUCGCCCAAGUUUGCAGGGCGGGAGCCACGUCUGAGCUACCAAGAGAGGUUCAGGGAGCACUUUGGCUCACCUGUUGGCUCCAUCUUUCUGAGAAGCAGGUGGUCCUGGUCCUGAGCUGGGCAUUUGGAGGAUGAGAGCUGGGGAAUGGGGAGCACUGGGGGUGGAGAUGGUUUAUCUGCUAAAAGGGCCUAGGGCUCUUCUUGACUUGGCUAAUCUAGAAGCCAAAUUGACCAUCGUGGCUAGAGCCCAGUGCUGCCCUCUUGGUCAGAUAAAAUCAUCCUUGUUGAGUCUUUUGGAAUAAGAUAUGCAGCCCCUCUGAGUCCUCUGCCGCCACCUUGAACCCCAGGAAAGACAUGGGACAAUUGCUUCUAUCUGCCCCCUCGCUCUCAGUGCAAGAUAGAUGUCUGCGUUAGCUGUUUGGUGGGCAGCUUCCAUUCAUCCAUCCAAGCCAGAAACUCUUUCCAAACAUUCUCUCACAUUCCCAUAGGUAGGUAAGCUCCGAUUUCCUGCCCUUUCUCCAUGCCUGCGGAGAGCCAACCUUUUCCAGAGGGCAGAAACUGGGGCAUGGCCAGACUGCCCCCACAACGGUGAUCAUCAAGUAGCAGUAGGGGUCCGUGUGUGGCUGGGGGUCCAAGGGCAGUGCUCCUUGCCCCCGAUGCCUUCUCUGUGCCUUCUAGAGCGGCUUGCUGUCUUCACACCUCCUCCCUCCACUGCUUCUCAGCCUGAACCGUCCCAGUCUGCCCCGGGAGAGGGAAGGAUCCUCAGCGGAGUCCGGGGGAGGGGAUUCAGUGCAGCCACACUCCAAGACCCUAUUCUCCCGCAUCCUGACUUAUGCGUCACCUUAGCAGGUUGGGAUGCCAAACUGAGCCCUUCUCUGACCCUUAACCCCUGUAGAUACCAAUUCCCAAACAGAGCCAUUUAUACUCUUAUAUUUAUAGUUGCACAUCUGUACAGCAUUUUUCAUAAGUUAUGUAGUAAGUAGUAGUGUGAUUUGUGUUUUGUAGUGCUCUCAUUUGGAAAUGAGGCCGGGUUCUACUACGAAAUAUAAAGAAAGCACCUUUGUAUAUUUUGUAAUACUGCCUUUUCAACGCGCCUCUAUAGCUGCACCUGGGCCACACACCCUGUAAAUAUGUAAGUUAAGCCUGGGCAGGGCUGUGGCCCUCUUUGCACACUGACUUUUUUUAAAAAUUGGAUCGGAUCCUUGUACCUGCGUUGAUUGUAAUUUUUUUUUUUUUUUUUUACUGGUUGUGGGAAGGGAGAAAUAAAAGACAAUC